AUGGCCGACCCUCUUUCCAUUGUCGGUGGUGUCGCAGCAGGACUUCAGCUUGUUUCGGCGGCUGGAAAAGCUCUGCUAGCCACCAUAAAACUAUUACAAGACCUGCAGGAAGUCCCCGGUCAGCUGGCAGAGCUACUGCGAGAAGUGGAUGACUCCAUAUCCAGGCUUUGUUACAGCUGCAGGGGGGGCUCGCAAGCCUUUGGGAAUCUAGAUCCUGCCCAGGAAAAACGUCUCGUUAGCAUAGCAGAUUCCCUGCACCCAGUAUUGCAAGAAAUCCACAGCAUGAUAACACCGUUGUUCUCCGAUAGAAAGGGCAAGAGAAAGGCGAUGAGCCAACUCUGGAACUCCAUCAUCUCGCUCAAGGUCGAGAAGGAACUUUCACAAAAGUUAGAGAGGCUAAAUAGGCUCAACAUUGAGAUGGUUCGGGAACUAGGUGUUGUUGGACUUGAAGUCCAAUUAGCCACCAACGAGCUCGUAACAGCUACCAAUACCACUUCAGUACAGGGCUUCUCUAGCCUUGAGACGCAAAUGGAUUCUUUACGAAGAGACUUCAAGACUUUCACUAUAUCGAUGCAAGAAGCCCAUACAAUCUCACUGGAAACAUCAUCUCUCAAGGACCGCGCCGUGAAGGCGGAGCAAGCAGAACGGAUUGGGGAACGCGGCUGGGAAAUUGUCAACAGAUCAUCAACAAGUCUUUCGGGGACAACGAUAAGCUCACAGCAGGUGGAGGAAAAGAGGCUAUCCGAUGAAAGGGCCGAGCAGAUGCGCCGUUACCUCGGAGCCUCCAAUGCUGUAGGACCAAGUUUACUAAGUCGCAGUCAUCGUCCAAGCUCCGACCUUGAGUCUGUUCUUUUCAGCAUAAGGACAUUCUACACAACAGGGAACUUUGAUCCGUCGGCACCAGUACAAAAGGUACAAUUCUGGCAAGACACCGACCUCGCAAUCUACCUUAUGAAAAUCGCAAAGGGUGAUGCGCGUGGUUCAAGUCAGAGUCAGACCCGAGGGUUUCGAGUCUUGAAAAAUUCAACAGCCGGUUCUCCGGCAAUAUUUCACGAGGGUACCGCGACCAUCAUGAUCGAGUUGCUCAGCACCCUCUCUCCUGUCAAUACUACGACAUGCCCUUUUGUACGAGAUGCUGUUCUUACAUAUAUCAACGAGCUUGCGCGCACUCAAUUACAUCCUCAACACCCCAUCUCUUUGGUCAUAGCCACGCUCAGGAAAGACAAAGGCGACAAAAACGUCUCUUUGCGUGCACUGACAUCAGUGGUCGAUCGCUUACGGGCGACACUUGGUCCUGCGCACGAACUCACCCAACUCGCCACAUCAAGGCUCUGCGCCCUUCUUCGCCGGAGUGGGGAGUACGAUGAAUCUCUACGGGUAGCCAACGAAGGAGUCCGUGCCCUUCGUAAUCUUUUAGGUCCCAACUCGCUACAGGAACGCAAGCUGUCAAGGCAUAUUGAGCAUGUAUACAUCGACCAAGAGGAUUGGCCAGCCGCUCUGAGCGUUUGUCUUGAUAUAGUCGGGCAGCAGCACCUUGAAACUCCAGACCCAGACCCGAUGUUCCAUGACGACUGCGCGGUGUAUACCAUGGAGGAUAUUGCAAAGAUAUGCGAGUGCGCUGGGAACCUAGCUCUAGCGGUGGCAUGGCUUGCUCAGGCCAAGGUUGCGAGUGUAAUGGCCUGGGGAGAGGUUGAUGAGACAGGUUAUAUACAGGAUAAGUUGGACGAGCUGGUAAUGCAGAUGGGUCUGAUAAAGGAUAAUAAGAUUUAA